AUGGAAAAACACCAAACUCAAGAACUCAAACACUCUUGCAAAUUCUGUAACAAAAGCUUCCCUUGUGGUAGAUCCUUAGGAGGUCACAUGAGGUCUCAUAUAAACAACUCAUCGCCAUCAUCUGAAAAAACAGAACAAAAAACAGAACAGAAAGAAAAGCUUGAUUCAAUCAACAACGGUUGCAUUGGUUCCGAAACUAAUGGGAGCUAUGGUUUAAGAGAGAAUCCAAAGAAAACAUGGAGAAAGAGAAUCGCAGAUUCAAGUGAAGAGGGUUUGGUCUAUGACAAGUUCUGCAAAGAGUGUGGAAAAUGUUUUCAGUCUUGGAAAGCUUUGUUUGGUCACAUGAAGUGUCAUUCAGAAAAAGAAAGAGUUUGUAACAGCUUGGAGGAUCAAGAUUCAUGGACUAAUAACGCGAAAGAUGUUCAAUCGGAUAACGAAAUCACUGCUCCAAGUAGAAAAAGAAGAUCAAAGAGAACAAGAACAAGGUGUAACAUGGUUGCUGCUGCAACUGUAACAGCAACAACUUGUUCUUCUGUUUCUGAAGUUGAACAAGAGCAAGAAGAAGUUGCUAUGAGCUUGAUUAUGCUUAGUAAAGAUGUUAGUCCUUGGAGCGGUCUUGCUGAAUCUUCCGAUAACAAUUCUGUUUACAUCGAACGUCGAUCUUCGGUUCGAACUAGUCUUGUUACUAAAUUCAAUGCCAGCAACAAGAAUCUCACUAGUACUAGUACUAUGAAUAUUGCGAAGUUGAUGAAGCAGAAGAAUUUCAACUUGAAAGGAAAAAGUUCGGAAAUUUUAGAUACUGAAAAAGGGUUCAUCAAAUCAACGAAAUUCGAGCUUGAUUAUGUGUCAACAUUGGUUGAUUCAGAAGGUGAAAAUGGAAAAAACAUAGUCAAUGGAACAGAAUCGGUUACUAUGGGAAAAUUUGAGUGCACAACUUGCAACAAAAUCUUUCAUUCGUAUCAAGCUCUUGGAGGUCAUAGAGCAAGUCAUAAAAAGAACAAAGGCUGUUUCGCUUCAAAGAUCGACAACAACAUUGAAAACAGCAUUGAGUUCGAAAAUGAUCUGUCUCGUGAACCAACAACCGAAAGCAAGAUCGUGAAGAUUAGUCAUAGCCAUAACAACAAUGAACAUGCUCAAAACAUGAAGAUCAAAGGUCAUCACGAGUGUCCAAUUUGCUUUAAGGUUUUUCAAUCUGGUCAAGCUUUAGGUGGACAUAAGAGAUCUCAUAUGGUUGUUGGUUCUUCCGGUGGUGGUUCUGAGAGUAGAGUUCCACAGAUUAGGGACUUUCUUGAUCUUAAUCUUCCUGCUGCUGCUACUGAAGAAGGAAGUAGUAGCCAUGCUGAUUCUAACAGACCUUGGUGGAUUGUUGAAAGUAACCAUAAGCAAGAGGCACUUGUAGGGUAG